GAAUCCUGCAGGCUUGUGCUUCGUAGAUGCGAUGGACACUGUGUGGUGGCUGCUGUCUUUUGGUGCCCUGCUGUGUCUGCCCGGAGUGCCCGGUCUAGACAAUGGCUUGGCCCGCACCCCUGUCAUGGGCUGGUUACACUGGGAGAGGUUCAUGUGUGAGACGGACUGUGUAAGGAACCCAAACAACUGCAUCAGCGAACAGCUCUUUAUGCAGAUGGCAGAUAUGAUGGUAUCAAAUGGAUGGUUAAAAGCUGGAUACAAGUACCUGUGCAUUGAUGACUGCUGGCUAGCUACAGCCCGGGAUGAAAAACACAGAUUGCAAGCAGAUCCCAUAAGAUUUCCUGGAGGGAUCAAGAAAUUAGCUGAUUAUGUUCACUUCCAUGGAUUACUGCUUGGAAUAUAUCAGGAUCUUGGCAUAAAGACUUGUGCUGGAUAUCCAGGAAGCCAGGGAUUUUAUGAGUUGGAUGCACAAACCUUUGCUGACUGGGGUGUAGAUUUGCUCAAAUUUGAUGGUUGUUAUUAUGAAAAUCUGGAGCAGUUGGAAGAAGGUUACCGCAAUAUGUCUAUAGCAUUGAACCGCACAGGUAGAAAUAUCGUGUAUUCUUGUGAGUGGCCACUUUAUGCCCGUCGUUUCACAAAAGUAAAUUAUACUCAAGUUGCAGAGUACUGUAAUUCUUGGAGAAAUUUUGAUGAUAUUCAAGACUCUUGGACAAGUAUAAAGAUGGUGUUAGAUUUCACUGCAGCUUUACAAGAACAGCUGGUUCCUGCAGCUGGACCAGGAGCAUGGAAUGAUCCAGACAUGCUGGUCAUUGGUAACUUUGGGUUGAGUUGGGAUCAAGAAGUCACACAAAUGGCUCUUUGGUCCAUCAUGGCUGCUCCACUGCUAAUGUCUAAUGAUUUACGAGAUAUCAAUCCAAGAUCCACAGCACUUCUGCAAAACCAAGAGGUGAUUGCUAUCAACCAAGAUCCCCUAGGUGCUCAGGGGUACAGAGUGUUCAAGGGAGAUAACUUUGACUUGUGGGAAAAGCCCCUUACUGGAGGAUCUCUUGCAGUUUCUGUGACAAAUCGCCAAGAAAUAGGUGGUGCUCGACAAUUCCUUCUGUCACGUGGCAUACUUUGGAAAGGAUUAGCUUGUAAAAACAAGUGUUACAUAACACAGUUGCUUCCAAGACGGUACGAAUAUGGGUACUUCAAUGAAACAUUCAGCUUGCUGCUACCUGUGAACCCCUCAGGCACUGUAUUGUUGAGGGUGGAUUAAUCUUACACUGUUUAAUAAUAAAGGAGCAGGAAAAUCUGAUCAAGGACAGCACUGCAGCUUGGAGAACAAUUAUCGGUGAAUUCAUUGGUGUUGAAGAUCGGUUAAAGGGAUUGUCUAACAAAACAGACAACCUGUGUAUGGUGUCAAUGUAUAAUAAAGCCACUUACUAAUAUAAUGUUAUUAGCCAUAGUGCAGAGAUCUUCCAUACCAGCUGUGUUGUCUGGCUUAAGGGCUAGUUCACACAGGUGGAUCCGCCGAUGAUGGACCCCUACAGUGUGUCUCAGAUGUGCCUGCUCGGAGCGGCAAUCUGCCGCUACGAGCAAACACACUGGUGUAAUGUGUACUCGCACACAUCGCGGCCACUCCCCCUGCUCCCUGAGCUAGGCCUAGAGCAGCUGCGAUCUGUGCGAGUAUACUGCGCGGAGACUCGCACAUCGCAGUGUGUCUGCUCGUAGUGGCGGAUGGUCACUCUAAGCAGCAAGUAGGCACAUCUGAGAAACACUGUAGGGGUCCAUCAUCGGUGGAUCCACAACGUAAAAUACGCAGUGGCUCUGCCUGUGUGAACGAGCCCUAAAGCUGUGCCAUCAUGUCAAAGACUCUAAAGGUAAAGCUCCCGUCCCUGCUUCCCCUUCGCCUCUUGUCUGCUCAGGACAAGACCAGUGAUGUGGUGGGAGGCUGGAAGGGGGUGGUGAUAUUUGGAGCUUAUAUUACUGUUCAUUGGAUUUAUGGUCACAGUAGUUUCUCUACCUAAUAAGCAGUAAUGUGAGAUCACCCAAGUUCAUAUUACUGGCUGAGCAGACAAAAGGAAGGGGAGCUCUGCAUUUAGUAAGUGUGAUGUGAUAUUACAGCUCACAAGAGAAAGAUCUUUGGACUAUGACUAUUAAUCAAAAUGUUUAAUAAAGAACUUAUGUUGUGUAACUGAGCCAUAACCACACACAGAUAAAUAGCUGAAAGUGACAGCUAUCGGAAAAAAAUAAUUUUGGCACACAAUGUUAGGUGAAAUGCAUUCCUCCACUUUUAUUUUUUUUUUUUCCCCAUUCACAAUUUAUGCAGACCUCCAAUAGUAAAUGAGGGUCAUUGUAUAUCAUUAUUCCUGUCUCUGUUUCACACUACCUGUGGUUCAGGCAGCAUGAAAUCACGGGCAGAUUCCCUUCAGUGUUGUUUAGCCUAUUCUAUAUACUUUAAAACAUGUCUUCAAGGGUAUCCCACUUUGCUUUUUCAAUAGCAGACCAUGAGGGGGGCAAUUUAUUAUGCUGCUACGCCGGCUUUUAGGCAUUAAAAAAAAAAAAAAACGUGCCUUUUUGCAUUUUUACACCUCUCUUGCCAGUUUUUAGAAAGAGGGUAGUGAAUAGAGAUGAGCGAACUUACAGUAAAUUCGAUUCGUCACGAACUUCUCGGCUCGGCAGUUGAUGACUU